CAACUGCCGUCGCACGCUAAAAAAGUUACGCCGUAUAUCAUUCAAAAUCUUAUCCCACCCCGCCACUCUCACACAAUCCUCCACCACCACCGACCAGCAAACCUUCGCAAUGCUUCGACACUCGCUUCGGGGCAGCUUGCAUCAGAAUUUCAGGCGGUCUAUAACUCCCACCGCUCGACCGACUUCCGGCUUCGUUUGCGCCUUCUGCGAUGUUCCGCGUCGCUUUAAUUCCACUUUCACACCGUCGGAUUCCAGUCCUCAGGCCGCACACCAGAAGGAUGACACGCAUGUCAGUAUACUUGGGAACUUCACCUCAGGGAAGGACGAGAGCAAGUACGACAAGUCCACGUCGGAGAAUGAACCCGGGAAGAAAGCCUUCUACAAAGGUGCAAAGAAAAAUGUGAAGGAAGGGUCUAUAUUCAAACUCAACGACAGCCCAACGGGUGACGGCCACAAUUCUCGCAAGAGAAAUUUUAAGGACAAAAAGCCAUAUAAGGAAUUUGGUGGGGAGAAACAGGGUGCGGAGAAGUCAAACAGCAAACGGGCGCCGAAAAAGGGAAAACCGUCCGACCAUGUAGCAAGGCCGAAGAAGUCUGAACCAGUAGACGGUGCAGGUACCAGAAUACGCAGGGUGCGGGCGAAAGGCGGUGCGGAAACUCAGGAUGAAUCCGGCGGAAUGUCUAUUUCUACAGCAAUGAACCCACGUGGUACAUCGGUGAUCGAGGAAGAGGCCGGUUUAAGUGUCAGCGAUGUUGAGGUUGAACCUAUUUCGAUUGUGCAUCAGAAAGAUGUCGCAACACUAUCGCACGGAUUAGAUCGAGUGCUUUUUAACCCCGGCGUCGUUUACCUCCAGGAUCCGAGAUCGCGAAUCUUUAACUUCGAUCCCUACCUACAGAAGAUCAUGCCCGUUACUGAGUUCGACUUCGAUGCCGUCGCUGGCUACAUUACUUCUUCGAAGGACGUGAAGUUGGAGGCGCUCAUGAAAGAGCAUGGAAAGAAGUAUAUGGGGUCAACCUCCAGUAUGACUUCUGUAUUGUCGCAUUUCCAUUAUCUACUAUCAGCGUGGAGGGAGAUUAACAUCGAUAUCCUCUCAAAAUCUUUCUCGGCGGACUACAAGUCAUUUACAGCGCUUUCACGGUUACCAACAUCAAUCUUCCUGCGUUAUAAAGGCGAUGGAACGUACGCCAUCGACUCCGACAAGGAAACGGAUGCGGACAAUAUCUUGAGUUACUUGGGACGUUCAAUGGAAAAGUUGUUAACCCUGCCACCGGAUGAGUUCGAGAAGUACCGUCGGGGAAACUCCCACGUACUAGACGACGAUACCCGCAAUGCUCAGGAUACCUACCAUUAUUCAACAUUUGGAGACUUCCUCAUGCGCUCGCAGCUAGACGCACACGACAGCCGUCUGCCUGGAACCGGUAUGUUUGACUUGAAGACAAGAGCAGUUGUUUCCAUUCGUGUGGACGUCACCAAAUUCCAUUUGGGAUCGGGCUACCAGAUCAAGACGCGAACCGGUAACUGGGAGUCUUUCGAGAGGGAAUACUUCGACAUGAUCCGAGCUGCGUUCCUGAAGUACUCUCUGCAGGUGCGAAUGGGUCGCAUGGACGGAAUCUUUGUGGCUUUCCACAACACCGAAAAGAUCUUCGGGUUCCAGUACAUUUCUUUGGAUGAGAUGGAUGCCGCACUCCACGAGGGGCCUGGUUCUGGAAUUGGUGCCCAAGAGUUCAAGAUGAGUCUGUCAUUACUAAACAAGCUCUUGAACCAGGCAACGGCCAAGUUCCCGGAGAAGUCUCUUCGGAUUCACUUUGAGACGAGAGAAACCUCAACGCCGUACAUGUACAUGUUCGCCGAACCCAUGGAGGAGGAGCAAAUCGAAGAGAUCCAGACUGGUGAAAGGGGAACUCUCGAGGAGUUUAUGGCAAAGAUCAAAGCACAGAUCUACGCACACGAGAACCCCGAUUCAGUAGUAGUCGAGGAUGAGGUCGAUGAGUUCCAAGUUGAGCCUGCUGAGGACAGAACUGAGCAGGAGACUAUUGAGGCUGGUGAGAUCGCCGAGACUGCUGAGAUUGAUGAGGCCGUUGUGGGAACUGCCGAGACCGAGACCUCCACGAUCGAGAAUGUCGACGAGAACGAGACUGCGGACGAGAUCGAGGCCUCCAAGAUCGAGAAUGCCGAUGAGACCGAGACUGCCGACGAGAUCAAGACCUCCAAGAUCGAGAAUGCCGAUGAGACACCGGUGGCGGCGGACGCCAGUGCAGAGUUUGGAAAGGCUGAAAUCGAAAAUGACAUGCAGCAGGAUGAACAGGUGGACGAUGCAUUCCUGAAGGAGCUCCAAGAUCAACGAGACAAGGACGAAGGAAAGGAUUUGUUUGGCGUCACACUGACAGUCAAGAACAUUGUGAACGGGAGUCAGGUGAAGCGUCCCACCCACCUGGUGGAGGGAGACAAGUGGGAGGUUGACUACAACAUCGCCGAGUUCAGCACACAAGCAAGAGCAUGGUCGAUCUACAACGCAUUGAGAAUGCGCAAGAAGAAGGCUUUCCUCGCACGACUCACGUCGACGGACUCGGAUCAAGUUGGUCAAUACCAGCAGUACAUUCAAACGUUGGCGGCCGAGGGUCGGGACUGGGAAAAGCUCCAGGACGAGCGUGAUUCUGGAAGAGAAAAGGUUGUGUUUCAAACUAAGAGCACGUAGGCUUGCUUGAUGCGGAUUUUUUUUCUUAUUUUAUUUCGGAGGAUCUUGUUUUAUGGUUGAGGUGGAGCGGGAGCACGCCAUAGAAGACGUCUAUGAUGAUGUCUAGACUGUAUAGUACAAGUAUAGGGGAACGUGGGUAGAAGGUAGUGUAAGAUGUAAAGGUAUUUGUCUGUAGGGGGCAUAUAAAGAGUAGGAUGAUGAAGAGAGUGGACAAUGCCGUACGGCACCGUUGCAUGAAGGCAGAAAUAUAA